AUGUUCAAAUUCACUUCAGGCCUUGUUGCUAUUUUAGCUAUCACCUCAAUGGUAGUAGCAGAUAGCGGUCGUACAAAAGGUUACCGUCAAGUUCCAACAGGAGCCAUCUCUCAUUGCGGAAUCAACACAGGCCAACAAUGCUUUACAGUAGAAACCGGUCUCGAUAAUUUUGCUGUUUUGACCGAUGAGCCAUUAGAUAUUGCUUGUGAUCCUUCCGGUCUUUGUAUUCUACCUUUUGACUUUGAUAAAAGGGGCAAGACAUCAUUCUUCAUCGGUCAAUGCUUAAACAACAAUGGUGAAGUUACCGGUUCGGCAAUUAAUGUGACUUUAGGUCUUCGUAGCGUUUCCGCUCAUAGUUCAGCCUAUGCUUCAUUUGUUCUUAGGGGUAACAUGAAAGCAAAAUGGGCCUAUGAUGAUGUUUACACUACAAGCCCCGUCAUGCCGUAUGCAAUGGCAGCUGGGGACCCAGGUAAUCAGGGCGAGGUUCCACAUGAAGAGAGCGGGGAAGGUUAUCGUGUGGUGAAGAAUGGAACGAUCGGAGGUUGUGGAGACGAUACAACACAACAAUGUUACCAAGUUAAGCCUUUAUCGAGAAUCGCUGUUUAUACUAAGUUCAACGAUACAGUAUUGGAUACUAUUUGUGAACUGAAUGGUCUCUGUGUAACUCCGUUUGACUUUGAGACUGACGGCCAAAAACUUGAGAUUACCGUCAAAUGUUUGGAUAACAAAGGGUACGACCAAAAAGCAGAUGUACGCAUGGAUUUGGGCAAAGGCAGUGUAGAAGGUAGUAGUUCUUCAGCAUACUCUUUCUUCGUUGCCAGGGGUCAUGGUGUUUCUGCAAAAUGGCAAUCUGAUGCAGGCUAUACCAGCAAUAAUCAUGACCCAAAACCUUCUUCAAAGAGGGCAGAAGAACUCUUUAUUCGUUGCCCCACCUAG